UCUUACGUCGUACGUCCAUCAUUGAUGUGGUAUUCAAUUUUGGGAAAUCACUGCAAUGCAAUGCUGCUGCAUUAGGAUAUGCUCUAGUAGUAUGAGAGAUUUUACUCUCCCGUACAAUAGAGAUGGUGGGUAGAGAUGUUGAGAAAGACCCAUGUGUUCUUGGUUGGAGACAAGUCUCGCCCGAAAUCGAAACAAAUACUCGAGUUCCUUGGGGAUCUCUCCAGGAGAAUGAAGGAAGAAGGGUUUGUUCCUGACACAAACUCUGUGUUGCAUGAUGUCGAGGAAGAGCAGAAGGAGCAGAACCUGUCUUGCCACAGCGAGAAGCUUGCGAUUGCAUAUGGGGUUAUUUCUACUGCAGCUGGAACACCGAUCAAGGUUUUCAAGAACUUGAGAACUUGUGUAGAUUGUCACACAGCAAUCAAGUUCAUAUCAAAGAUUGUAGAUAGGAAAAUAGUGGUGCGAGAUUGAUCAGCCAGGUUCCAUUGCUUCGAGAAUGGUAGUUGUUCAUGCAGAGACUAAUGGUGAAAACUUAAAAAUUGUGAACAUUUUGCAGCACAAAAUAAACCGAAGUGAAAACG